AUGCCAGGAGGUGUGGGUGCUGGUUCAGGAGGCAUGACCGGCUACGGGGGAGGUUUGGGUGGUGCCGCGGCUCCGGGAGGUGGUGGUGGUGGUUCGGGCGGUUUCGGUCCGGGUGGUGCUGGUGCGGGUGCUCCUGGGGGCGGUGCGGCUGGCGCGGGUGGUCCCCCAGGCGUUGGUGGCGUGGGUUCGAUUCCCGCUGGCGGCGCUGGCGCGGGUUCGGGUUUCCCUGCGGGCGCAGCACCCCCGGGCGCGCAGGGCAUGGGCGGAAUGGGCGUAGCGGACGCGGCCGCGCUCGCCAACAUGAAUCUGAUGAUGAUGGCGGGGAUGGGCGGAAUGGGGGGGAUGGGCGCAAUGGGGGGGAUGGGGGGAAUGCAAGGAAUGGCGGGGAUGGGGGGCAUGCCGGGGAUGGGAGGCAUGGGCGGAAUGGCGGGGAUGGGGGGAAUGGGCGGGAUGGGGGGCCCAGGGGGGGCGAUGUUGGGCGCGGGCGGGAUGGGGAUGAUGGGCGGGGGUCCGGGGGCGGGGAUGGGGGGGGGCGCGGGGAUGAUGGGCGGGCGCGCAGGUGCGCGGCAGAUCCCGGUGGUGAAGCUGCGCGGGCUGCCGUUCCGCGUGGAGGAGGGGGACGUGGCGGACUUCUUUGCGGGGCUAGAGAUCGUGGACGUUUUGUUCGUGCGCAAGGAAAUGCGGCUUGUGGGCGAGGCCUUCGUGCUCUUCGCUUCCACUCUCCACUCCGAGCUUGCGCUGCAGCGCAACAAGAUGCACAUGGGGCGGCGGUACAUAGAGGUGUUCCGCGCCAAGAAGGCGGAGUACUACAAUGCCAUCGCCAAUGAGGUGGCGCAGGACGGUGGGACGUACCAUGGCGGAGGGCAAGAAGACAAAGGGGGGCGUGGGGAGCGUGGGUAUGGGGGCGAGGGCAUGGGCGGGCAUGCACAUGCACAUGCGGCGUAUGGGGGAGGCGGAGGAGGGGGGGGAGGGCGCGGAGGCGAAGGGGGGAUAGGCCCAGCGGCACGGGAGUCGAAUAUUGUGAAGAUGAGGGGCCUGCCGUUCUCUGCCACUAGUAAGGACAUUCUCGAGUUUUUUGGCGAGUACCCCCUGGCAGACGCAGCAGUGCACAUCAUCACCAACUCCAUCGGCCGUCUCACUGGAGAGGCCUUUGUGGAGUUUGGUUCCACAGACGAGGCGAGGGCAGCCAUGGGGAAGGACCGCGAGCGCAUGGGGACGAGAUAUAUCGAGCUUUAUUUGUCGUCGAGGGAUGAGGCGACGAGGAUUGCCACUAGAGCUAGCACCCAGAGAUGA